UAUGUAAGAUCAGUAGCUGUCUCGUGGUGGUUGGGUUGGUAGGGUGUGAGUGAAUGUGAUACUAUUAUGUGGAGUUUUACCUGGCUAAAUUGAUUAAUGGACAGUUAAUGCAAGUUUUACACAGUUAAUUUUCCUCUGUCAGAUUCAAAAGUUUGCUAUGCGGUUUCCAUCAAUCUAUGAAGCAGAGUCAUUUAUCGGUGUUUUAAAGGAGAUUCUGAAAGGUGACAAGGAUCCAGAACCUUUGAAUACCGACUUUGGUUCUGAAAUUUCAUCGCAGUCAGAGUUUAUGUCAACAAACGAACACUCCUAUAGUAGAGGUUGUGAAGAACUGAGCUUCAUGACUCCGGCUGACAAUUACAUUCCACAAUUGCCAAUAUUUGUGAAUAAUGAGGUGGGGCAACCUUCAGGAGCCGAAGUAAAGGGAACCACACCCAGUCACAACUUUGAAGGCGUGCUCCCAGCCUUGCCACCCAGUUUUUCCUCACUACUAAUGGAUUGCUCUCAGAACAACCUGGCUCAACCAACCGUUUCGGAGGAAAUUGAGCUCAAAUCCCAAAUUGUGAGGUAUAUGGAAGAUUCUUCCUUCCAAGAUAUGUUGAUUAAGGUGGAGAAAGUUAUCAGCGAAUUGGGGGGUGAUAUGUCCCUUUAGUUUACCAGCCCAGGGAAUUGAAAAUGACUAACGAGCAGCGUAGCAUCUCUCCAUGCUUACUGCACCUGAACCAUGAAGACCUCUCCACACAUUGCCCAACAAAUGUACAGCGGACUUCUUUCUUUACAGUUAGGCCAAAUUUUGUCUUGGUAUCUUUUGUUGUUCAACAAACAGCAAGGUCAGAUGAAAGGUAAGGCAUGAUAAGUCAGUGUUUAGCUAGUGAAACCGUAUAAAGUGGUUUCUGUUUAAGAAACCUUAGUUAAAAUAAUGAUCUCAGAGUAAUUGUAAUCUGGUAUAGUACAAAUAUAUUAACAAUAUGCUUCUCUCCAUUAUGGCACCAUAUGAUAUUGAAUCUGGCAAAAUCCAGUCAUUA